ACAGCAAAAUCAUUUUUUUUUUAAUUCUCUUUUCAUACUCAUUUCUUAUGCAUACCUUUUAUAUGUUUAUAUCUGUAAAUGCACAUUGAUAUUUCUAGCUGUUUUACGAAAAGUAUUAUUACUCUAAAUCUAAUCUUACCCAUUAACGACCUGCAUGCUAAUAGAAUUUUUUGGGGCACAUGACGAAAUUUUGAGUAUGUAUGAAAUGUUCUAGGUUACCAGAUAAAUUUUAUUUGAAGCAUGACUAGAUGUAUUUGAAAGUGGGUCCUUAAAGGGUUUGUUUAAAGAUGUCUUAUGAUUGUAGUAUCUUUAUAUGAAUCGUUUUUCCCUGAGCUAACAAACUUUCUUUAAGGCUGUUUUCCGAUCUAACAGAUCAUAAUGUCGCCGUUUUCCCAUUGCACAGCCAAAUGCUACAUAUUUUAUUCCAAGACACUUUCUCCUUCAUAAUUUUCCUUUUAGGUGUGAUAGAUUUAGCCAUGAUAUAGACAAAUUGUAAAAUAACUUAACGUGUUAUUUGUUAUUAGGCUAUUCAAUGAGCCCAACCUUCAACUUUUACAAGCUAUAGAGGACUAAUUUAUUACAAAUACAAAGACUACUUAGCAUAUGUAUGGCCAAUUAUCCCAGGGCUGGGCGAUUAUUGAGGGGGGGGGGGGGGGGGAAUCGCAAUUAAUUUGUUAUUGAAAUCAUGAUUAAUAAACACAAUUAUUAAUUGAUUUUCAAACUAAGUAUUUAUAGAACUACCAAAACUCAACUUGAAAUAUAAAUUAGAAGGAAAACCAGACAUAAAUUAGUAACAAGGAAAAUAAUAUAUUAAAAUAAUGGCAUUUCAAAACAAUAAAUACAAAUAAAUAUCUGCUGUGUGCACCUUGACCUCUUAGGGGCAGAGUGGUGCAUGCAUGGAGAUACAAACUUUACAAUAAAAAGAGUAGAAGGUGGUUUCGAUUGAACUUCAUUAAUAUAACAAAUUUUUCACAGAUUAGGAACAAUAGGUGCCUGUGAAUAUUGUUAUAUUACCUGUCUGUAUGUGCUCCUAUCGCAUUUGUGUGAAAAUAUUUGAAGAUGUGUCACUCCUGUUAGUCUUAACUUCAAAUGCUAAUUUUUGUUUUUGUUAGCCAGUCAAUAGGGUUUUCGUUUGUCUGCGUAGCAUUAAGCUAUCAAUUUUCAGUAAUGACGCUAAUUGUAUGUUAAAUCUAAAUUUACAAUGUGCGUAAUUCUUUUUGUUGUUUGGUUUUACAGUAAACUCCAACUGGAGUGUUAAACAUAUUAAAGCACAAUCAGGGAGGGCAGAAUAGCAUGUCACACAGUGCAUAUGGGGUGCUUUUACACCGUGGGAACACACUGCGCCGUUCAACACAAUCGUUUUUAUGACCGUGAAAAGACACAAUCGAAAUCACAAUUAAAUUUGGAUUAAUCGGCCAGCCCUAAGUUAUACCUGACAUAGUAAUUUAUGUUAUAAAUGUGAUUAAUCUAGUCAUUACAAACCUGUAAACUAAGUCCAGAUUUAUAGUUACAGGUUAAGAAUUCAGCAACAUUUUUGGGUGUUGUUGAUAUUUAGACGUACAAGUAUUUUGUAUUUUUUUAAAUGGCGGCAGAGAUCAAAUUCCACUAUAGAAGUGUCAAUUUCAUAUGCUGUACGUUUUAGUUCCUGCGGUAACGUUAAUGGUAAUCAAUAGCCUGUAGCGUUUACACUGUAUUCCUCAGUUGAUAAUCCAGUUCAUGAUUUGUUUUAGCUGGUUUGACAUGGAAAAACUUGUUUUACUGUUCAGCUUUUCAAUAUUAACUCAAACAGCUUAAAAUAUUUUGCAGCUUUUUUGUGUUUAUACAAGCUAUGCAUUAAAACCAUUUGCGCCUUCUGUCCUCCUUUUUUUGUUCACAUGUGGGACCAAUCCUGACCAUGGCUGGAAUGCCUCAAUCGACUCAUUCAUGUCAUACAUACAUACAUACAUACAUACAUACAUGCAUACAUGCAUACAUACAUGCAAUGCAUACACACACUCUUUGUCCACUGGGCAUACCUUCACACAUACACAACAGUCUACACCUCACUACAUUCUGCCUACAGUACAAGCCCACAGUGAUUGCCUGUGUGUGUAUUCACCUGGCAUGCAAGUGGUCCAACUGGGAGAUACCAGUGUCUACCGAUGGGAAACAUUGGUGGGUGUAUGUGGACAGCUCUGUUACUCUUGAGCUGCUUGAUGAGUUGACGCAUGAAUUUCUACAGAUUUUGGAAAAGACGCCCAGCCGGUUAAAGAGAAUACGCAACUGGAGAGCAACCCAAGCUGCCAAGAAACCCAAAUCUGAGAACAGCCAACUGACUGAUACCUCCGUCACUGGACCUUCAAUGCUCCAAGACCAUUCCUUGCUUGACGGCUCACUUGUUGGAGUACCCCGCUCAAGUUUUUCCAAAUCAGGUGCCACCUUUACUGUGUCUAUUUCUGCUCAGUCUGGAGGCGCACCGCUGUCCCUGGACUCUUUCGGUGGCCCUUACAACCCACCUAGCCACAGUGAAUGGCCCCAGACCAACCCAAGUCAAGCAGGGUAUUCAUCCAGUUGUAUAAAACAGGAACCCCUCACCACUUCUCACCAAGAGCAGACACUGUCCUUACAGGCCUCUGCUUCCUCUUUGCUUCCACCUCCAUUAGCAAUCAAGACUGAGAAAACUGUAGAUCUUAACAUCAAACAGGAACUAAAAGGAACGUGUGCAAGUGAAGCUGGCAAGCAUCAGCCAUCUACUUUAUCUUCAUAUCCCCCACCGCCACAACACUCCUCAGCGGGCAAAAUGUCGCUGGAUAAAUACAGAGAAAAACAUGCUGUAGAAGUUGCUGCUUCUGGGCAGAAAAGCCGUCAGGAGCAGCGUGCCACACCAACAGAGAACAACGUGAAAGGGGAUCUUUCGUCUUCCUCAAACUAUGCACCACCGUCUUUGAGCCAGGCUGAUCAUAGAAAGUAUUCACAGAUGCAUCAAAUGUCCCAAAGUGCUCAUAGUUUAGGUAGUGGUAGCAGUGCUACUGCGUCGCCAAUGAAGAAUAAAGUUCCUUCCACAACGUCAGGGCAGGACAGACGCCAUCAUGGUGACAAAUGGGACAAAAGUUCACUUAAUCUCCACCUGGCAAUUCCUGGCUCUGGAGGAAGCUCCCAGCUGGACAGAAGCAAGGAGGAGCUUAAGAUGAAAAUAAAGGUUUCCUCAUCAGCAGAGCGGCACAGUUCAUCGGACGAAGGCGCGGCCGCCAACAACAAGAGUAAACAUUCCAGCCCCCUAGUGAGCAAAGAGAAACCGCACCGAGGCGCGGAUCACAGUGUUCACCGCCAUCACAAAUACAGUCACCACAACCCCCACUCUCACAGUGGGAAUGGACAAGGGGGCUCCGAGGGCCUGUUUCGAGGUCCUCCGGGACUGAUAACUCUCGAAGGAAUUGCGCUUCCUCAUAGCGGAUCCAUGUCUUUGACUUCGUCAUCGCGAAAGAGGCCGCACCCCGAGGUCAAUCACAAUCAACACCCUUCUUCCUCAUCCUCCGCUCCUUCUUGCUCCAAAUCAGGCAAAGUCUCCAAGCUUGGCACUGGUGCUGCAGGUACUUCUUCCCCGUUUUCUCCUCCUUGCUGCUCUCCUAUACUGCAGUGUGUCUCGUCUAGCUUGCAGCGCUGUGGCUAACCUCCACCUCCUCUUCAU